AUGAUGCGCGCCCGCGGGGAGGUGGCGCUGGCCGCGCUGCUGGCGGCGGCGGCGCUCAUGCUGUCGUCGCUGGACUCGCGCAGCGACGUCAGGAUGCUGGAGAUCGGCAACGGCGACGCCGAGCUGCUGCCGCUGCUGGACGGCGCCGUGGGGCCCGAGAGCCUCGUGUUCGCCGGGGACGUGGACGGGGACGGCGGCGACGGCGACGGCGGCCCGUUCACGGGCGUGUCGGACGGCCGGGUCCUCAGGUGGGUGGCCGCCGAGCGGCGGUGGGCUGAGCACUCCUCCUCCGCGCCAGACCUGCUGGACAGCUGCAGAGGCUCCCAGGACCCGGGCCGUGAGCACGAGUGCGGGCGCCCACUGGGCCUCAAGUUGAACCACCACACCGGGGAGCUCUACGUGGCCGACGCCUACCACGGCCUCCGCGUCGUCUCGCCGGAUAACGACGACAAGGUGUCGAGGCCGGUGGCGCCGCAGUGGUGGCGGGGCACCGGCCGCACCUUCAGCUUCGCCAACGGCGUCGAGGUAGACCCGGACACGGGCGCCGUCUACUUCACCGAGACGAGCACGAGGUCCCAGAGACGGGAGUUCCUGCGCAUCGUCAUCUCCGGCGACACCACGGGGAGGCUGCUGCGGUACGACCCGAAGAGCGGCGGCGAGGUGGAGGUGCUGGUCGACGGGCUGGCGUUCCCCAACGGCCUCGCGAUGAGCAGGGACGGCACGCAUCUGCUCCUGGCGGAGACCACGACGGGGAGGAUCCUCCGGUACUGGCUCCGGCCGGCGGCGAAGGCGCCGGCGAUCGAAGAGGUGGCGCGGCUGCCGUGGUUCCCGGACAACAUCAGGAUGAGCCCCCGGGGAGGCUUCUGGGUGGGGCUCCACGCCAAGAGGGGCAAGCUUGCCGAGUGGUGCAUCUCCUACCCGUGGCUGGGGCGGCUCGUGCUGUCGCUGCCGACGCGCCAUGUCCAGCGCGCGUCGUGGCUGCUCAACCGGCUCGGGCGGCAGGUGAUCGCGGUGAGGUUGAGCGAGGAGGACGGGAAGGUGAUGGAGAUGGUCAGUGUUCAUGGGGAUCUUCAGAAGACGUUCAGGUCGGUGAGUGAAGUGGAGGAGAGGAAUGGCAGCCUCUGGAUUGGCUCUGUCAUGUCGCCGUUUCUUGGGGUCUACAAGUUGCAGUAG